GUUGCAGUUUUACAAAACUGUGACUGAACACUGGGAGGAGAUCUGUUGUAAGAACCUGCAGAUCUAUAGAGUGGGUAUGGAGGUGUGUGUAGGCUGCAUAGUGUUGGUGUGUAUUGCAGUGUAUCUGAUAGUGCAGCUCCUCCGCUUCAUCACUGCUGAUGCUGAUCUUACCCUGUUGUGGGCUCAUGCACUUGGUACAAAACCAGAGGUGGCACUGAGGGGGAAGGUGGUGUGGAUCACCGGAGCAUCGAGUGGGAUCGGUGAGGAGUUGGCGUACCAGCUAGCCGCAGUUGGAGCACGACUUGUGCUGUCUGCACGCAGAGAGAAUGAGCUGGCGCGGGUCAAGAGGAAGUGUUUAGAACAUUCUACUGUAGAGGAGAAGGAUAUUCUAGUUCUUCCACUGGAUCUUCUGGAUCGAUCCACUCACCGAGAAAAACUUGAAGCAGUUCUGCAACACUUCAGCAAGAUAGAUGUGCUGGUGAAUAAUGGUGGGCGGAGUCAGCGGUCUCUCUGUGUUGACACUGACGUUGAAGUCUACCGCGGUCUGAUGGAGCUUAACUAUCUGGGUACCGUCUCUGUCACCCAGCAUGUCCUGCGUCACAUGAUCCAACACAGUGAAGGGAUAAUAGCAAACGUCAGCAGCAUUGCGGGUCUGGCGGGGGCACCACUGUGUACUGGAUACGCAGCCAGCAAACACGCAAUACAGGGGUUCUUCAACUCUCUGAGGACGGAGCUCACUGACCAUCCAAACAUCACCAUCAGCAUGAUCUGUCCUGGACCCGUUGUGUCCCAAAUUGUCCAGAAUGCCUUCACUGAACAAACUGACAAGCCUGUAUCUAAUGCCGGUGAUCAGACUCAUAAAAUGCCCACCGAACGCUGUGCAAGUCUUAUCCUGGCCGGAUUGUCCAAUCGGGUGAAGGAGAUGUGGAUCGCUGAGCAGCCGUUUCUUCUUUUCCUCUACGUGUGGCAGUACACACCCACCAUCGCCUGGUACAUGACCAGCAUGCUGGGCAGGAAGCGAGUGCAGAACUUCAAAGCUGGACUGGAUGCCGAUGUUGCGUACUUCACCAAACCAAAGACCAAGACCAGCUAAAAAACCUGAGCGGUACGGACAGCUUCCCUGCACUGUAUAUAAGGAAUGUGAUUCUGCGCAGAAUGAAAGUCUGCUAAAUAAUUUACGUGAAAUGAUAAAAUAUCAAAACAGUAUUAAUUCAUUAGCAGUUAUUUACUGAUAACUUUUAGUCUUGCUGCAGCUUUGCUAAAAUGAUUAAAGAUUCACAGUGUUGAUGCAAUGAAAAAUAAAAUAUAAUUGUACUAAA